AUGAGCAAAUCCCAGAAAAUAAAGCGCAACAAGUUGGAGGUUGAAUCCAAAUAUGCAAAACGCAGGAAAGCUAUACAAUUCCCAAAAGCUGGAUUUAACAAGAAUAAUGGUGACUGUGCUUGUAGUGAUCAAACUGAGCCUGAUCAUCAGUUAGAAAAAACUCAAUCAAGGCAGGAUUUGGAUGAGAUUCAUGAGGACAAAGUAAAAGAGAGCCCAAAAGUAAGUUCCAGCAGCAGAACAAGUGAAUUAUCAGAAUUUCCUGCAGCAAGGCCUCUAAUUGCACCAACCAUAGUGCAUGUAUCAAGGCCUGAUGAAGUUGAAGAAGCAAGGAAGGAUCUUCCAAUAGUAAUGAUGGAGCAGGAGAUCAUGGAGGGCAUUAAUGAAAAUUCCACCGUGAUUAUACGUGGAGAGACUGGAUGUGGUAAAACAACCCAAGUUCCUCAGUUUCUUUUUGAAGCUGGCUACGGUUCAAGCCACUCUAAUUCUGCCCGAAGUGGUAUUAUUGGUGUAACUCAACCCCGCCGUGUUGCAGCCUAUGCCACGGCUGAGCGAGUGGCGUAUGAGCUUGGACUGAAUUUAGGUAAAGAGGUCGGCUUUCAAGUUAGGCAUGACAAAAGGAUGAGUAAAAGUAGUUGCUCCAUCAAAUUCAUGACAGACGGAAUAUUACUACAAGAACUCAAGAGUGAUUUUUUGUUGAAGCAAUAUUCUGUCAUAAUUCUUGAUGAAGUACAUGUGCGGAGCUCGAACACCGACAUACUUAUCGGAAUGCUUUCACGUGUUAUUGUACAGCGUCAGAAAGAAUAUGAAAACCAGCAAAAGGCGGUGCUUUUGGGGAAAAACGUAAGUCGUGAACAACAGAUUUUCCCUUUAAAGCUUGUGCUGAUGAGUGCCACCUUGCGAGAAGACUUUAUCAGAAAGCUGUUUGGUGAGCCCCCGAUCAUAGAAGUUCCCACUAGACAAUUUUCAGUAAAAGCUUACUACGAAAACAGAACCGAGGAAGAAGGGGAUUAUGUUGAGAAAGCAUGUAAAAAAGUCUUGAAGAUUCACAAGAGACUGCCACAUGGGGGCAUACUUGUGUUUGUCACUGGGAAGCGAGAAGUUGAGCGCUUGUGUCGAAAGCUACAAGGAGCUUCAAGGGAACUUAUGAAAAGAUCAGUUGAGAGUGAUACUGAUGAAGUUUCUGAUAUUGAUUCUGUUGAGGAUGAGUUGGAGGGUUAUUCGCAUGAUUCAGAAACAGAAAGUGAACGAGAAUUUUUUCGCGAUGACAAUAGGGAUUCAUUGUGCCAAGAUACCCCAGGAUUAGUUGAUGGAACUGUGGCCGAGGUUGUAGGAGAGGAUGGUGGCAUUGUAUCACCGAAAGCUGGUUUCGAUUCUUGGGCUGGAAAAUCUUCAUUGUGCUGCAAUUCAGCUGGGAAAAAGGGUAGUUUUCUAGGCGCACUGCAUGUUGUCCCUCUUUAUGCCAGGCUGAAUGCAGAAGCUCAACUUACAGAAAUAGAAAAAGUGAAGGAGGGAGAACGGCUUGUUGUUGUAGCCACAAAUGUGGCUGAAACCUCUUUAACUAUAAGCGGGAUAAAGUAUGUUGUUGAUACUGGGAAAGAGAAAGUGAAGGACUACAAUUCAAAUGGCAUGGAAACAUAUAAAAUACAAUGGAUUAGCAAGGCAUCAGCUGAUCAGCGUAAAGGAAGAGCUGGAAGAACAGGACCUGGCCACUUCCCCUUUGAUGGUGUUGCCCUUCUUCUGAAGUUCUAUGGAAUAUUCCAAAAUAAGAUAUCCAAUUUUCCAUUUCCAACUCCUCCAGAGGCUGGUGCUGUGGAUGAAGCAGAGCGUCUCUUGACGGCCCUUGAAGCAAGUGACACAAAUGGAAGAUUAACACCUUUAGGGCAUUCCAUGGCUUGUUAUCCCCUGCGUCCUCGUCACUCUCGGAUGCUCCUUACGAUUUUUCAAAUCAUGAGUAAACAGAAAAAUCGUGCUCGAGCUAAUUUGGUGUUAGCAUAUGCAGUUGCAGCAGUUGCAUCUUUGAGUUGUUCAAAUCCUUUUCUCAGGCAGUUUGAAGAUAUUCACACUACAAACCAUGAAAUUGUUUGUAGCGAUGCACCUUUCGAGCAUUCAAAUCAAGAGAAGUUGACAAAGAAGAAACUAAAAGAAACUCUAAAAGUGCCUCGUGAAAGGUUUUUCAAUCCCAGCAGUGAUGCUCUGUCCAGAGCCUAUGCUUUGCAGUGCUAUGAAACAUCUGAGAGGCCAGUGGAAUUCUGCAAUGACAAUGCUCUGCACCCAAAAACCAUGGAGGAAAUAUCCAAGCUGAGAAAGCAGCUCCUCGAACGUGUCUUUGAACAAAGUGGCGUUUCUGGUGGGGAGAAAGAAUUUUCAUGGAGCUAUGGUGGCAUGGAACAUGUAGAGCGUGAUUGGAGGGUUUCCUAUGACAAGAACCCUCUUUCGUUGUAUGAGGAAGAGCUCUUGGGCCAAUCCAUCUGUGCUGGUUGGGCAGACAGGGUUGCUAAGCGCAUUAGAGGAAGGAGUUCAUCAGUGUCAUCUGAUUUAGGAGAUGGAAAAGUUCGUGCCGUUCGAUAUCAAGCCUGCAUGGUUAAAGAGACUGUGUUCCUCGACCCUUGGUCAUCUGUUUCUAAUUCAGCCCCUGAAUUUCUGGUAUACAAUGAGCUAAUCCAGACAAGAUCAGGACCGUACAUGUACGGCGUUACUCGUGUAAAAUCAGAAUGGCUUGUUGAGCAUGCCCGGGCUUUAUGCACUUUCUCUGCACCCCCAACAGAUACCAAACCUUACUACGAGCCUCUAACUGAUCAAGUAUUUAGUUAUGUCAUUCCAGCCUUCGGUUCUCAUUUGUGGGAGCUUCCACCAUUUGGUUUGCCAAUGAAUAAAUUUGAUCAGUUUCGAGAUCGAGUGAAAGCUUUUGCUUAUGCUUUGCUUCAAGGCCAGGUUUUGCCUUGCUUAAAAGUUGUUCGUAAGUGUAUGGCAGAACCUCCUGGUAAUGUUUUAAAGCCAGAGGCAGCUGGUCGACGGCGGGUUGGGAAUCUUUUAGAGAAGCUGAUGAGAAACAAGAUUCAUAACUGCGCUGCGUUAAGACAGGUGUGGAAGGAGAAUCGCAUGGAGUUGCAUCCAGAAUUCCUCGCCUGGUUUAAUAAGAGUUUCCAAACUAGCAGCUUUGAAGCCCUUUGGUCACUCAUGCUUCGUGAAGUUGUUUUAGAGUGA